UAAAAUCUGGAGUCGGUCAAAGUGCAAUGUCCUGACCAGACUGUUAAAAACCCUCAGCGGGGAAGAAUUACUGCAGUUAAACGAUGAAAAAGAGAAACGUGAAACGCGGCGAUUCGUCCCCCAACAGGAAGGACAGGAAGGCGGCUGGCGGCCGGAGGAAAGAGGGGAGUCGGUCCCCCUGGUGGUUAAAACGGGGAUUACUGGCUGCUGUUGCUGUCUGCAUCCUGGUGCCUGUGGCAUAUAAAAUAACUCCUACAUUGAUUCAGGACAUUAUUCACACCUACCGACUCAGCGUGCCGUUCUUUGAGGAUCUGAGCCGGCCUGCUGACUUCGCCCUCAAUCACACCAUCAACAUGUACUUAACGUCAGAGGAGGGCAUUUCCCUGGGCGUAUGGCAUACAGUUCCUGAAAGUCGGUGGAAAGAAGCUCAGGGGAAAGACCUGCUGUGGUACCAGAACACGUUAAAUGAUGGGAAUCCGGUUUUUAUAUAUCUGCACGGAAACACGGGAUCAAGGGCAGCUCCACACCGAGUUGGAGUGGCAAAAUUACUGAGUGCGCUGGGUUACCAUGUGGUGGUGCCUGACUACAGAGGUUUUGGAGAUUCCACUGGAGAGCCGACUGAAUCCGGCCUGACUACAGACGCCGUGCACGUGUACAACUGGGUCAAAGCACGCAGCGGGGACAGCCUGGUGGUCAUCUGGGGACACUCUCUUGGCACCGGGGUGUCCUCUAACACUGCAGUCAAACUGCUGGAGGAAGGCGUUGUUUUCGAUGGUGUGAUCCUGGAGGGGGCAUUCAAUACUGAUAAGCAGCAUAUACCACAUAAUAUGUUCAUCUGGUAUUACUGGAAAAUUCCAGGCAUUAAGCAUUUGUUCAGUUUCCUGUGGGGAAAAGCAAUGCCCGUCUUUCCCACAGAACACAAUUUGAAGAAAAUGAAAAGUCCGAUAUUGUUCCUUCAUUCUGAGGACGAUCACUUGGUUCCCAUUGAGAUUGCUCGUCAGACCUAUGAAGUUGCUGCAAAGGCCCAAAGUAAAGACAGAGUCAAGCUUGUGACAUUUGACGGUUCUCUGGGGUAUCUACACAACGGCUUAUAUCGGGAUCCAAAGCUGCCUGGAGUCUUAAAGGAGUUUGUGAAGUCGUUGUAGCAUCGAAACAGCACUGGGACCUUGGACAAAGAGUAACCUGAAUGCAGCAUGAACAUAAAGUAUUUUUAAGGUGUCCUCCUCUGAUGUGUAUAAGAACUUCUGAGAUCAAUGAAAUACAAGCCAAAACAGCAAGGAGCCCUAGAAAUUACGCCAGAACAAUUAAAGUGAUUUCCUUAUCAAUUGCUUGCAUUUUGGACCCAUCCUUUAGCUACUUUGCUGAACCUUUUAAACAUAAAUGGGAGAAAAUGUAGCCUAAAUGAUAACUCCUUCAAUGUAUAUGUUUUUUGUGAGGCUAUUGCACACCAGUUAACCAAUGGAGAAUUUAGAUCACCCAGAAAAUCUUGAGAAAAACUCAAAUGGCUGAAUUUCCACUUUAAGAUGAAAAUAUUAAAAAUAUAUCCAAGAAACCCAGAGACAUAUUUGGUGUACCAUUUUAUUUUUUGUAUAUUUGUUCACAUACAUAAAAAUAGUUGUGUAUGAUUUUUUUAUUAAUUUUAUUUUGUGUAUCUUUGAUGGCAUUUUCUGAAUUUCCCAUGAAAAUUUGAUAAUUUGAUAUGUGAACACACUGACCAUCACCACAAGGGGGCAGUAUUACAUUACACUUUGAUAUAAUGCAAAUGCUGACGUCAACAAUCAUCUCUUCUAACCAGGUGCCAAAGGUUAGGUUUUUCAAUUUACUAGUUUAGAAAAACAAAUACUAAAUGUUGUUUCAGACAUUCAUGUGUUUUUAUGAGAACAUUUCUUUAAAGCAAUAUAUUAAGGAACAGCAAACUAUUAUUUUGUGGGGAGAGUUUGGUGUGACUCAUCUAUUUCACCAUCCUCUUUCUGACAUCUAACCAUCAGCAGUAAAGGCCCGGCCCAGUUUCCAUCAAGAAAGCAAAGACCUCCAACAUCAUCCAGGUAAAACCUGGCCUGCAGCCCUCAGGCCUCCUGGAUCCCCUGUAUUUACAUUAAACUGAUACCAGGCCAGAAACCUGGGAGUAGUGAUGGACUCUGACCUGAACCUUCAGAGCCACAUUAAGACAGUCACAAAGUCGGCCUU